ACGUAAGCAUAGAUGUGCUUGGCGGCAACAUGGCGGCUUCCGAGGCCGGUGGGUCGUCUGGUUCGGCAGAAGAUGCAUUCUCUACGUAUUACUCCGAGGUUAAACAGAUCGAGAAGAGGGACUCUGUUCUUACGCCGAAGCAGCAGAUAGAGAGGCUGACCAGAUCUGGGUCCUCGUAUUUCAAUUUGAAUCCUUUUGAGGUUCUCCAGAUCGACCCAGAGGCUACCGAUGAGGAACUAAAGAGGAGAUUCCGUCAGUUAUCAAUUCUGGUUCAUCCAGAUAAAAAUCAGGAUGAUCCCGAGAGAGCCCAGAAAGCCUUUGAAGCGGUGGACAAGGCAUACAAACUGUUGCUGGAGGGUGAGCAGAAGAAGCGGGCACUUGAUGUGAUUCAGGCUGGCCUUGAAUAUGUUGAACACAUUGUAAAAGAGAAGAAGAAACAAUUGAAAAAAGAAGGGAAAUCAGUAGUGGUUGAUGAAGAUGACCCUGAAGUUUUUAAACAGGCUGUAUACAAACAAACCAUGAAGCUGUUUGCAGAACUGGAAAUUAAGAGGAAAGAGAGAGAAACAAAGGACAUGCAUGAAAGGAAAAGGCAAAGAGAAGGAGAAAUAGAAGCUGAAGAAAAAGCCAAACGGGACAGAGAAUGGCAGAGAAAUUUUGAGGAAAGCCGAGAUGGGCGUGUUGACAGCUGGAGAAAUUUUCAAGCACAUACAAAGACCAAAAAAAAGGAAAAGAAGGCACGGACAUUUUUAAAACCACCGAAAGUGAAGAUGGAACAAAGAGAGUGACUCCCUUCUCUGUGUGAGAAGAUUCCUUGAGUUUUAUGAACUGUGAUUUCAUCCUCUGUAGUGUCCUGUUCACUGUGGAAAGGAUUCUUUAAUCUGGUUCAGCUUUUGUACAGCUCCCCUUUUUU